AUGGCCACCACAGCCGGCGGGAGCGAAACGUGGCUACAAUGGCUGGUGCAGACCCAUGAUGCCAAACAGCUGUGGGAGGCGCAGCCCACGUAUAUACUGUCUCAAGCCGUCUACAUAUUAGCUGGAAUUGUCACUCUUAUACAUGCUUUCAGUAAAGGCGGGAGAUGGCCAUACUUCUGGCUGGGUACGAUCCUGCACGGUCUGUUUACCGACAACUUUUGGCAUUUUGCACUGCCAGAGUAUGAUAACUUCUGGCACUCUCAGACACCCAUCAUCUUCUUGGGAGCCAGGCUACCUCUUCAUAUAAUACUUUUAUAUCCCGCAUUUAUUUACCACGCCGCCUACGCCGUGUCCAGAUUGAAUCUCCCAAAGUACAGUGAGCCUUUCGCAGUGGGUCUUGUAACAGUUCUGGUCGACAUUCCUUAUGAUAUUGUCGCCGUCAAGUUUGUCCACUGGACGUGGCAUGACACCGACCCUAACAUAUACGACCGCCACUACUGGGUGCCCUGGAACUCUUACUACUUCCACGCUACAUUUGCUGCCAGCUUCUUUUACUUCUUCCAUGCGAGUAGAUCUUGGUUCGCACCAAAAGUGACGCAGUGGGAUGCAGCUGACAAAAAGGCUGAAUGGAAGUCACUGUUGAUCUCGUCUCUGCUGGGCAUGCCUGGAGGAGUGCUCAUGUUUAUUCCUAUCUACCACCCGCUGCAUGACGUGUUCAAGAUUCACUCAGAGGUGACCUUCUUCCUGCUGUUCUCUAUCUUCGCCAUGAUCGUUCUAUCUGGACUCCUGAGCGAAAGGCAGAAAUGUAACAAGAAGUUGACAACCAUCGACUACGUGAUGAUGGUGCAGCUGGCGGUCCACUACCUGCUAUACCUGACCUUCACAAUAUUCUUUAACCCUGAACAGGAGCGCUCUCUUGGACUACACGAGCCAGUGGGACCGUGCAAUGAAGUUGCAACCCUCACGACACCAUUCGGACAAGUAUUGGAGAAAAGGAAAUACUUCUGUCCUACGGACUACAAUGAAGAUUACUUCGACUUCCAUUGUGUCAAGGAGCUGCCGCGCAAUGGUGCCACCUGGUAUCUCAUUUGUGGAACACCUUUUGAAAACCGCGCUGAGUACAUAACUGUGUUGACCACGAUACUGGUGGUAGCCACCGGUGUGUUCUACGGUCUUUACUUCAAGACUGGUGGUGCUACUCCAGAUGUUACCCCCAAGAAACUGAAGAAGAAGUAG